UGCACCUCUCCUCGUCACUGAAGAAAGCAAAACAAGAAAAACAUAUAGGGAGAAAGGAGAGAGUAAUAUAGUCCUCUCAUCUCAUGGCAUUCACAAAAUGCAAGACAACGAGGAAUGCACACCUGACAAGUACUUUUCUCUUGAUACUUCUGAUCAUUUGUUCAACCUCUCCAUCAUGCCAAGGCCAAGACCAGGCCCACGAAGAGAAGUCCCACCAUCAUCAUCACGCGUCACCUCCGCCUCCGCCAGUGCCAUUAUCCCCACCACGCAGUUUGCUUGAGGUGCCACACCAGCAUCACCAUAAGUCACCACCACCGCCGGCAGUGUCGUUGUCACCAACACGCAGUUUGUCUGAGAUGUCGCACCAUCAUCACCACAAGUCGCCACCAACACCACCAGCGCCAUCAUCACCACCACGCGGCUUGUUUGAGACAACGCACCACCAUCAUCACCACGGGUUACCACCUCCACCAUCUGUGCCGUUGUCACCACCACGCCGUUUGUCUGAGAUGUCACACCAUCAUCACCAUUGGUCACCGGAACCGCCACCGCCGGCACUGUCAUCUCAACCAUGUAGUUUGUCUGAGUUGUCGUCUCCAAUGGCAAAGGGAAAGCCCGAUACGUGCUACCCUUACAAUAACAGAUUCUGUCUGACUUAUGACUGCGAGAACAUGUGCGAGGCAAACGGCUUUAAACGCAAGAAAAGCUACUGUAUCGAGAGACCGGAUGCUAAAUGGGAAUGCUGCUGCAAAAAUUAAGCAGUGUAACCCAAGCAACUGUUUGAUUCGAACUCAAUAAGAUGAUUCUUUUUGUUGGUUA